UUAUAACGAACCAGAGGUUGACAGGAGUCUGCGAACUUUGCUUCCAUCGUUACUUCGUCGGCCGCUCUGGGAAUGAGUGUAUGGCAUCCGCAGAGAGGUAGCAGCAGCAGUCGCAGCACCACGCUCUCACACACCUCACGCACACUUCCUGGAACGCGGAGCUCGGAAAGAGUCCGGGAGGGAUUGGAGAAGGGAUUGUGAAGUUCUGCCUGGAGGGCAGUUUGGACCGAAGGACGGAAGCAGCUGGGUUGAAGGUGUCCGAGGGAGGGGGAAGGUGGUUGUAAGAGAGCUUGAUUGCAGGUGAUACCUUGUAGAAUCCUGCUGAUCACAUUCUGCCGCGCACGCACGUCUGCCGUUUGCCGGGAACGGAGUGGACUUUCCAGUGCCUGCCAAAUCAUCGAAUUUUUCGCUGCUGCAUCCGUGCGCCUCGUUCUCUGGAUCGCUUGCCGCUCGAACGUCAUAUGUCGCUGUGGUAGAGGGGAGGGGAGCAUUCUUUUCUUGUCCAGUACUCCUUCCGGAAAUUCCGAAAACCGAAAACCACUCGACGCCUUCCAUUAGUUUUAUCUUAUUUUUUCCCAGGUGUGCCCGUGGCAGGCGCUUCGUAAUCUGAAUGAGGCAGGCACGGGUUGUCAACAAUCGCGUCUCCAGUUGACCUGGUUCAUUUGCUGCUGUGCUCGUGGCUGCGAUAUCUAUCUGAGAGGAGUCGAGUCUAUGGGUCUCGUCGACUGCUGGGUCUUUUCGGCUCUCGUUCAGUGAUUCGAGACGGGGAUAGAAGGAGAGAGUGCGCGAGGGGCGAGGGGGCCACUGUGUGCGCUGGUUCUGCGUGUGUGCGAUCACCACUUGGCCUCGGAUCUUCUGAGAUCGCUCAUUAUUUGCGUUGGAGGUUUUAAGUUCUCAUCUGCUGAGCCCCCAGUUGUACUUGAUGCUGGAAGCCAGUCAAGACAUAGAGCGUUUGAUGAGCGAGAGGUUAGAUCCCAACCCGUUCAUCGGCCGCCCUGAGGCUUUCUGGUCGUUAAAGAAAUCUCGUUCGAGGUGUACUCGUGUCGGGCCGUGCCGUCAAUUUCAUGACGCUUGGCCAGCAGCAAUCAAAACUUCUCUUUCCGUCUUGAGCUUUGCGAAUCUUGCCGAGAGCAGAUCAGGUGGAGGUUAGCCUUCGGUCACCUAUCGCUCAAGGAUAGAGUCUUGUUGACCCCCAAGGAAACUGCAAAUGGCAGAAUUUCCACACUUCCGGCAGAAGAUGGAGGACACUCCGCACAAUCCGUUCUCGUCUUCAGCUGCGGCCAGCAUGAACUUUUCCAUGGGACGAAUGCAUCCCCAGCAGGCCCAUAGCCAUGGUCAGCCGCCGAUUAUGCGCCAGACCUUCUCGCAGGUGCACGCUAGCGCGAAUGCGAGCUCUAUCGGAGCCAGGAAUGCUGGAAGACGUCCUGAAGCUGGAAACAUGCAGGAUGGUAUCAAUCCUCAGAUGGGGCAUGGACAUCCUGGAGUCCAUGCUAGCCUUGGGUUGAACCACCAGCAGCAACAGCAGAACCAUCAGAACCAUCAGAACCAUCUGAACUUGCAGCAGUUCAUGGAAAUCGGCCAGGUUCACAUGCUUUCGGGGGACGGGGCCUCGGGUGGGGCUGGCAAGGGUGGCCAAUUCGCUAUCGGGGAUCCAAAUCUACACGCCGCGUUGGCAGACAUCCAACAAAAAAUCAAUAAAAUGCAAGAAAUCGUGAGAAUGAACGGCGAAGGAGUGCAGACGAAUCUCCAGCAACAACAGCAAGUGGCUUCGGCCGUAAGCCUCAUAUCGCAGGUGACUGCUGCAAUUUCUGAAGGGAUGCUAAACCAGAACCAAACGCAGAAUCUAUCCAUGUCUGAUUCUUCGCAGCUCAGCCAUCUCUUUGGGGCAUGUUCUUCUUCUACUGGCUUUAAUUUCUUUGACCAUCCGGGUUCAAGUCCAGUUAAUGCUGAUAUGGUUGUAGGGAACAACAACGCGUUCUCCUCUCUCCCUGGGCGGAUGGGUGGGAACAACCACGACCAAAACACGAACAAUCUUAACGCUCUUGGUCAUGGUCAGAGCAGCAUGUCCGGAACCCCUUCUGCCACCGCGGGCGACCCGAUUUUUGGCCAUGGAGCCGUGACUACAGGCAGUGGAUCUUCAGUCCACCCCAGCGAGACUGUGGGAGUGGGAAACUUGCGCCAACCGCCACCUUUCAACAAUCGCAUGGCUGCCCGACCGGGAGCAGGUUCUGGCAUGAAUGGUUCAGGCAAGGCCUCGAUCAAUCGAUCCUCUCCUGGCGUCAUGGUUCCUUCGAACUCGGCCUCGGGGUCGCACGGUUCCGAGGAUCAGGAAAUGGGCGUGAGAUCCAGAGGGGGAGCUUCUCGGGACGAUUUCGAUGACGGGGAGGGCGAGAAUUUGGUCGAUGGUUCUUACCAGCUCGUGGAACUGGACGAUCAGGAAAUUCUGGCCGAGCACACUCACUUCUGCAAUUUGUGCGGGAAGGGAUUCAAGAGAGACGCGAACCUGAGGAUGCACAUGAGGAGCCACGGAGACGAGUACAAAACUCCCGAGGCUCUGGCCAGGCCCCAGAAGCCCAUAGACGAGCAGACUCCGGAAAUCCCCAAGAGGUUCUCAUGUCCGCACGUCGGCUGCAAGCGCAACGUGAAGCAUCGCAAGUUUCAGCCUCUCAAAUCGCUGCUGUGCGUAAAGAAUCACUACAGGAGAAGUCACUGUGCGAAGAAUUUGGCCUGCAGCAAGUGCAAGGUCAAGAAAUUCUCCGUGGUCGCCGAUCUGAAGACCCACGAGAAGCACUGUGGCUGCGACAAAUGGCAGUGCUCUUGCGGCACCACCUUCUCCCGCAAGGAUAAGCUGUUCGGGCACGUGAGUCUGUUCGUCGGCCAUUCGCCUGCGGCCUUGCCUCUGCCUGAAAAUCUCGCUGAGAAUUCAGCCGGGUCCUUAGAAAUAGUGGACAUGGCACCAGUCGGUUCCAAUGUUGAUUCCGGACUGGCAGAAUCGACCUCGAUGGUUCAACAAGGACUCGAUUCCCAAGUCUCCGGAGGCUAUGUGAACUGGACUCAUCAGCUUUUCUGAAUAAAUCUACGGGCUGCGUAGAAGGUUCACGCUUUUGUUGGUUUUAUAUAAUACUACUUAGCCCUAAGGAAGAAACUCGAGGAUUCAUGAUGGCCAAGGCACAUGCGCCAGUGGACCCUGUCCAGAGGCGCAGCUUUUCACAGUGCCCUCCGGGCCUAAAGUAAUUUCCCCGUCUCGGAUAGGAUUAGGAUUACCUACUACUACUUCUUCUACUGCUUCUACUACGGCCGUGCAGUUAUCGCUGAAUCCUCCUCAAACUGUCCAACAGUGCUUUGCACGCUCGCACCGCUCAUCAUCGAUCGCAGUAUCAGCAGCAGCAGUCAGUCAUAUUCGAUGCUUUUGCUUCGAUCGAUUUUCUCGUUCGUGCAAGUUGUAUGAUGUGUAAGACUCGAGAUGUAAA